AGAUGGCAAGCAGGAAAUGACUUUUAUUUUGACGGCAUGAAAGAACAGGAAGUGGAAAGACCCAACAAUUACACAACAUUUGAGAAGGCAACAGCGAUAAUAAUGUCAGCUGUCAGGACAUGCCCUUAAAAAAACAGCAAAGAAAAUGAGUGACAAGGGAAACAGGAAGUUCUCUCCGCGAUACAGAAGGCAGAAGGAGGCGGAUGAAGCAGAGAGCUGGAGGAGCCCGUCCGGACGAGAGAAUGUGAGAUAUGAGCACAGCUACAGUCCUAUAUCCGACGGUCGAGCUUGUGACAGUGAUGGGAAAAGAAGAUUUAAAGCCUCAUUGUCAUACAGCUCUCCUGAAGGAAAAGCCCUCAGACAGAGUCCGUCUCACAAAGACCGAAGUCAGAGGGGCUCACCUGCCGACCACAAGAACUGGAGACAGCGACCACGAGAUGGACAGAAACAAGACAUGCUUGAUAGCAUGCAGAGUUGGAGGGAGAGGAGCAGAAUCGUGUCAAUUGAAAGGUGCCUCACGAGACGGGAUGUUUCACAGCUCUGUUUGGAAGUAGAUGGCAGUGAUUGUGACAGUUUUGUUCAGAACAGAGAGAAGUCAAGCAUCAGUCUCAAGUUUAAGUGUGAUAAAUGUAAAAUAUGCUUUGAAGACAUCUCAUCAGCUCUCAACCACAUCAGAGAAAGAUCCCACAGAAGGAAAGCCAAGGAACUGCAGAAGUUGACACUGCUGUUGAAUAUACCACCACCUGGAAAAGCACAAUGUAAUUCUAUCAGCUCUGCUAUGGAGAGUGUUGUUACUAAAUUUGGCUUCAGUGAUGAGGAUCUGAAACAACGCCAGAAUAUUCUUACUCUCAUUGAGAAAGUCCUUCGACCUGUCCUUCCAGAAUGCCAGUUCAGGUUAUAUGGAUCUUCUUGCACCAAGUUUGGUUUCAAGGAUUCUGAUGUAAACAUUGAUGUGAAGUUUCCGUCCCAUUUGCAGCACCCUGAUGUUUUCCUCCUAGCUCAAGAGCAUCUCUCUAAAAGUGCUCUGUUCAUCAGUGUGGAGGGAGACAUUCAUAAGAGGAUGCCUGUUGUUGUUUGCAAAGAGAAAUCAAGUGGUCUGAUAUGCAGAGUCAGUGUAGGCAAUGAAAGUGCAUGCCUGACAACAGCAUAUCUGGCUGAGCUGGCAAGUCUAGAACCACAUCUCAUCCCUCUGACUGUAUGCUUCAGAUACUGGGCCAAGAUUUGUGAUGUGGACCAGAUGGAAGAAGGUGGUCUUCCAUCCUAUUGCUUUGCACUAAUGGUGAUCAGUUUCCUGCAACAACGCAAAGAACCUGUCUUACCUUCAUACCUCGAGUCUGUGGGUCUGUCCUUGAAUAAAUUGAAGGGUUUCUCUUUAACUGGUGUUGAAAAGGGGUGUGUGCUCUGGGAGUUUGAUCAAACCUUCACUGAUUCAUCUUGUGAAAAAGUUAUCAAGAAGGGAAAGGCUCCACUGGUUUUCAAAGACCACAGUCCUUCUGUGCCAUUGGGGAAGCUUUGGGUUGAGUUAUUACGAUAUUAUUCCCUAGAAUUUCAAAUACCUGAGAAAGUCAUUAGUGUGCGAACCAAUGCCGACCUUUGGCGUGAUUUUAAAGACUGGCCCAAGAAAAGGAUUGCAAUAGAAGAUCCAUUUGCCGUCCAGAGGAAUGUGGCUCGGACGUUGCAUAGCCAGCUGAUUUUUGAUUACUUCUUGCAUUGUCUCAAAACAACAUAUAAGUACUUUGCGUCUCCUGCUAAAUCCCAAGCAGGCAAAACCAGUUCAAAUAGGCAAACCGACAACACUGUACAUAUCAAGCAACAGUCUAAGAGUGCCACAAAUCAUGUUGAUUCAGCAUUGAGGAGGACAAAAGUGGCCUCUGAAGUCUUGGUCAGGAAACAUGCGAGAUGCAGCUUAGAUCAUGCUGAACAUCUCGAAGACUCCGACUGUCUGAUUGAGCUGGAACAGUACGAUGAGGAAGAAUGUGGCUCUGACAUUGACAGUGAGGCUGAAGACGAGGAAGAUGAUGAUGAUGAUGACGACGACAUAGAGCUUGAUGAAUCCGGGUGUGAUCAUUCGGGCGAUGAGAUCUUCCCCUUUGACCGGGAGAUAAGUGAUGAGAUGGGCUCAGAUUCAGACCCAACGGAAUACAAACCGCAGACAGAGCUUUCCAAAUCUCAAUCAACUGUCCAAACACAGUCAGACACUGAAGGCAUUCAAUAUGUCUUUAACAAGCAAGUGUUCAAUAAUGGCAAGUCCCACAUUCUAGUGUGCAGCCUCUGUAAGAGUGAUGGACAUUUAAAACAGGAAUGUCCUGAAGACUUUAAGCGAGUGAAGUUAGAACAGCUUCCACCUUUGACUCAGGAGUUCCGCAAGAUACUCAGUGAAGUCUGUGAGCAAUGCUACAGUGACUUUGCACCAGAUGAUGUCGAGGAGCAAGUCAGAGAGCGUAUUCUGCAGGAUUUAGAGAAAUUCUUGAGAUGUCAAGUGCCAGGAGCCAAGUUGGUUCUGUUUGGUUCAUCUAAAAAUGGCUUUGGCUUUAAACAGAGUGACUUAGACAUCUGUAUGACUCUAGAAGGCCAGGACACAGCAGAGGGCUUGGACUCUAUUGCUAUUAUUGAGAACUUGGCUAAAGCAUUACGCAGACACCAAGGCGUGAGAAACAUCCUGCCUAUUACUACUGCCAAAGUCCCAAUUGUGAAGUUUUACCACAUCAAAACUGGACUAGAGGGAGAUAUAAGCUUUUACAAUAUACUGGCUUUGCACAACACACAACUACUGGCAUCAUAUGCUGCAAUUGAUGCUCGUGUGAAGAUCCUCUGUUAUGUCAUGAAAGUUUUUUCCAAAAUAUGUGACAUUGGAGAUGCAUCACGUGGGAGUUUAUCUUCCUAUGCCUACACACUGAUGGUGCUCUACUACCUUCAACAAAGAAACCCUCCUGUUAUCCCUGUUCUCCAAGAGAUAUAUAAUGGGGUGAAGAAACCUGUAUUCUUUGUAGACGGCUGGGAUGUGCAUUUCUUUAAGGAUUUAAAGAAUUUGCGUAAUUACUGGCCGGAGUACAAGAAGAAUAAGGAGUCAGUGGGGGAACUGUGGCUCGGGCUUCUGCAGUUUUACACUGAGAUAUUUGAUUUCAAGGAGAAUGUCAUCUGUAUCCGCAGGAAGGAACCUCUCACCACCUUUAAGAAGCAGUGGACCUCCAAAAAUCUUGCUAUUGAGGAUCCCUUUGAUUUGAGUCAUAAUCUUGGAGCUGGUCUCUCACGGAGAAUGGCCAGCUUCAUCAUGAAGGCCUUUAUCAAUGCACGCAGAGUCUUUGGCACCCCUGUCAUAGUUUACCCUCCAGAGUAUUCAAAUAAAAUGGAGUACUUUUUUGACCCAGAGGUUCUCACCGAGGGCAAACUCGCCCCCAGUGACCGCUGCUGCCGGAUUUGUGGGAAGAUUGGACAUUUUUUGAAAGACUGUCCAAUGAGAAAGAGUAGGCGUGACGUCACAAAGUACAACAAGGCAAUGAAGGACUGCAGCCCUUAUAAAGAUGGAAGAUGGCAUCAGAAGGAGGAGAGAUGCUGUUUUCUGUGUGGCUCCAAUUCUCACAUAAAGAAAGACUGCCUGCUCUCUAAAUCUUUAGAGUCCUCCCCACACACAUACCAAAGAAGUCCUGCUUCAGACAGAGACAGACAAGGCAGUCCUCAGCAUUACAAGAACAGGAAGCAGAAAGCAAAGAGAGUGCUUUUGGAUCCUGAAGCAGGUAGUCUUGCCAACAGAACACAUCUGUAAAUCAGUCUGUCCAGAAGUGGAGCCCUUUCAAGUAAAACCUCAACAGUAAACCAUUACAGGCUACAGUGAACCAUGUUUAAUCCACAACAACCUAAACUGAGUAUUAUCUUAAAUCAAAGUUAGAUUACCUUGAUGAAUGUGCCUUUUAAAGUUGUCUAAUUUUUUUAUUUUUUUGUUCUUUUUUUUUAUUUUUAUGGAAUGAACUAUGGAAGUUUUGCAUUUUAUGUUUUUAUUAUUUAUUUAUUUUUAAUGAAAGAGUCCAGCUGAUUGAAUUUGUAAUUUAGAUUGUAGCCCUACCUACUGUGUGUUUUGAAAUCAAAAGUUUGCACCAUUGUGAGUCUUGUGUGUGUGUCCCUAGAAGCAUUUAUUUUGUAUGUACAUAUUUAAAUGUUGGUUGGGGUCUGUGUAUUUAGAUUUGUGCUAAUAUCAAUGCAAGUUUUUGUAGAGCUGUUAACAAAACUUGUUUGUAGUGCUUUUUUCUGUUUGGUUGGGAUUGGUUUUAGUUUUUAUACUUUGUUUUAUAGUUGUGCUUUUAUUUUGCUAAAUGAGUUGUAUAUUUCUUUGCAGGCAGGCUACAUUGCAUUUGCAUCCGUGUCAAUAAACUCGUUUAAGAAAAUG